AUGAAUCUCAUUCCUCUGAGUGUAAUCCUUCAAUUUUUUGCCCCAUACUGGAACUCUUUAGGGCUCCCCAUUCUAGAAGCUGCGGAUGUUGUAGGGAAGCUGAAACCUCUUGUGGAAGCUAUUACCUGGGGCAUCAGAUAUCUCGGCGAGCGUGGAGUAGAUGUGAAAGCUCUAACCGAAGCCGUGGAUAGAUUGAAAGCUACACGAGAUGGUAUCAUGGAUGAUAUCAACAUCGCCGAGAGAGAAGGGAGCAAGCGCACGCCGGAAGUCGACAACUGGCUCAAGAGGGUGGAAGCGGAAGAAGGUGAAGCGGCCAAAAUUGAAGAAGCCUGCCGGAAGAGGAAGAGGGUGCUGGGAGUCCCCCUCAACUUGGUCUCCAGCCACAAUGACGGACGGAGAGUCAGGAAGAAAGCUAAGGUGGUGGAGGAGCUGCAAACUGAAGCAAGUUCUAUCGUCAUCACGAGGAGGUUGCCACCGUCAUCGGUCCAGGAGAUGCCUACCAUUCCCAGGAUGGUAGGCAUGGAGUCAUAUAAAAACAAAGUCCUGCUCUACCUUGCUGAUGAUAGCAUGGGUAUCAUCGCGAUUAGAGGCAUGGGCGGGGUCGGCAAAACCACUCUCCUGAGAGAAGUCAACAACAGUUUCCUCCCCGGCAGUGAGAGGAGCUUGGAGUACGACCAUGUGAUUUGGACGGUGGCUUCCAAAGAGUGUACUCUGGAGAACCUUCAGAAGGAAAUAGCCCAGAAAUUGGGACUGAAUCUGGAGGCCUGUGCACAGCCACCAAAUACGGUCCUCUUCGAGAACCUCAAGAGCAAGAACUUCCUGUUGCUACUGGAUGACAUGUGGAGAGGCUUCGAGCUGGAGGAUGUGGGGAUCCCACGUCCCGGCACCGUAGGGAAACAAUAUAAGCGCAAAGUUAUACUCACUACCCGAUUGCAGAACGUGUGUAGAAAAAUGAGCGCCGACGUCGAGAUCAAGAUGAACUGCUUGGGGCAGCCAGAGGCACUGGAUCUGUUCAACUUUCAUGUGGGUAAGCAGACUCUCAGCUCUCACGCUGACAUACCUGACCUUGCAGGAGAGGUUGCGAAGGAGUGCAAAGGCUUGCCGCUCGCUCUCAAGACGAUCGGAAGGGCCAUGCGCAACCGGAGGCAACCCAAACACUGGAGGCACGUAAUCAAGCUGCUGAAGGACUCUAAGCAUUCUGAGAUCCAGGAAAUGGAGAUCCUACCGGAGGAGGGUGAAGAAAGAGACAUGUUUCGCAUAUUAAAGCUCAGCUAUGACAAUUUGCGUGAUGACAUGACGAGGCAAUGCUUCUUGUCCUGUUGCUUGUGGCCCGAAGACUGUCGAAUUGACAAAGCUGAACUUAUAGAAUGUUGGAUGGGUCUAGGCUUAAUCGAUGAGUCGAAUGGGAACUUGCUCCGGGGUCCCGAAUGCAUUAGAAUCCUGGAAGAAGCAUGCUUACUGGAGCCUAGUGCCGAUAAAGAAAGGGUGACAAUGCAUGAUGUUGUUCGAGACUUCGCACUAUGGAUCGCUUCCGACUGCGGGCGGAAAAAGAAUAAAUGGUUGGUUCAAGCUGCUGUUGAUCUGACGGAAGCAGUAGAUGUGAAACAGAAAUGGAUUGAAGCAGAAGGAGUAGAAAGAAUAUCGCUAAUGCAAAGUGAAAUACACAUGAUGCCCCAACACCUUCCUAAUCGGCCCAAUCUCAAAGUCUUGAUGCUCCAGAUGAACUUUACUCUUAAAAGGAUCCCGCCUGACCUUUUCCAAUGCAUGCCUGCUCUAACUUAUCUAGAUUUAUCCAAUACCGCAUUGGAGGAUUUACCGAAAGAGGUUGGCAUACUAGUUCAGUUGCAGUAUCUUAAUUUAUCCGAGACACGCAUCGAAGCAUUGCCGAAGGAGCUGGCAUGUCUUAAAGAGCUGAAGUACUUGCUACUGAGAUAUAUAGAUCUCUUGAGAAUACCUCAUGGUGGGAUAUCAAAUCUUUCUAAGCUGCGGCAGCUCGAUCUCGUUGGAACCGAGUUUGAAGUCUGGGAAGUUGAAGGUAGCAGAGGUAUUUGUGGUAAUGAAGAAGAGAAUACAGCAAGUUUGGAAGAGUUGGAAGAACUGAACUCGAAGGUGACGUCGUUAACAAACCUUGGAAUCAGGGUAAAUGGAGUGCCAACCCUCCAAAUGCUCUCCAGGUUAGACAACAUAGUUACUCGGCACCUCGAAAUAUGGUCUACAUUCAAGUCGGCAUCGGUCCAGUUGACACCAUCUAUCGUUAAAGCCCAACUUGGAAGCCUCAAAAUGUUGAAGAGCCUGCAGAAGCUGAAAAUUGACGAAUCUGAUGAUUCUGAUCAAUUGGUGGAGCUGGAGGUGGAUGGCGAGGACCAGGAUCAUGAUAUGGAUUGGCAACUUCCAGAUCUUGAGGAACUCCACCUCAUGUACGUCCGUCACUUGAAGGUGGUAAAGUGGAGGAGAGUAUCGAUCUCAGAUUUCCUUCCGCAGCUGCGGUUAGUGACCAUUGAUUUCUGCUUUAAUUUAGAGAAUGCUAAUUGGGUUCUGCUGCUCCCACGGCUCGAGUCUCUAAAGAUAGCAUGGAGCCCCAAAAUGCGGCAAGUGAUCGACGGUUCAGUAGGCAGCCAUGUUGGCAAUAACUCGGCGCUUGCCUUCCAUUGUCUUAGGAUAUUGUCUCUGGAAAGGUUGUGCAGCUUAACUAGCAUCUGUGAUCGGGCAAUCAGUUUCCCUUCUUUGGAAAUCAUUGAAAUUAUUCUUUGUGACGAGCUGAAGCAGCUGCCCGUCAAGAUCAUGGAGAGCAACUUACGGGAGAUACGUGGCGGUGAAAGAUGGUGGCAAAGCUUACAAUGGCAGGAUGAGAACGCGAAAGCCGCUCUCCUCCGCUAUUUCAAGAGAAGAAAUGGGGCUUAAAAAAUGAAAUCCAACAUGCCAUGUAAGAAAUGGACACGGUUGUAUCUGCCUGCUGGCAAAGUAGAGUUUGUUUACCAUGCCUCUGCUCUUUCUUUGAGAAAAUUUAUCAUUCCUUUGCUUGUUAAUCCAAUUAUAAAGAAAAGUGGAAGGGAGGUUAGAGCAGGCACAUCGGCUAUCAAUCAUGGAGGGAGGGGAGAGGCCCCUGAGAAAGCUGGCAGAAGCUUUCCAUGACCUCGCAGCAAGGGUGUCAUCCAACAGGGAACCCAUUGAGCUGGCACGCUUCACCCAUGCCUGUUCUGUUGUGCUGGAUCUGUUCAAAUUUAUAGGGAUCGAGUACAAGUUUGGGGAGGACUAGUACAGGGCCAAGAUCAAGGAUGUGGGGGAAGCAUCACAAAGGAUAUCCACAAUACCAGACUUGAUCAUUCACACAAUCUUCUUCGAUUGAAGCGUGCGUUUGAGCUGAUCAGAGUGAUAUUUGAGCUACUUUUAGCUUCAAAGGAUGAUACCUUUCAUGUUCCCGGCAGCGGCCGUUUAUGCCAAGGAUUGCAAAUGCAAUUUUUUAGCACCAGAAAGUCUAGACAAUAUGUGAUUUACCAUGAUGCACUAAAUGGAUCAAAAUUAUGAAAUGACGCUUUGUUUAAUGCUCACAGAGGAAUCAGCUAAUGUUCAGAUGAAGAAGUACGUUGAUACAUCUGCUAUCAUGACUCGCUAUAUUGACAAGUAGUUCACCAGCAAAGGAUUGGGACAAGCUGGUGAAGAAGCAUGCUAUUGGCUUGGUUAGGUGUGGCAAAUGUUUUAAACUAGAUUAUUUGUCCCCUGCCCGUGGUUUCUCAUGUUUUAAAUAAAGCAACAGUCUCGUUCAUGGACGCAGAUGCGCAGAAUUUGGAUGUAUGUAUUGCAGAUCAUUCUUAGUCAACAUUAUUUUCUAAAGCAGCAUCUGCUCUGUUGCUUCAUUUGAUGCUAUGAUUAAUUUUACUUGUGGGUUAUUCAUUCUA